AUGCGGUGCGCGAGCCCCGCCGUCUGGGUGGCCUUUUGCGCCGGCCUUUGGGUCUCUAACCCAGUGCCGGCGCUGGGCCAGGAGGCCGGGGGGCACGCGGGGGCCGACUGUGAAGUAUGUGAAGAAUUCUUGAACCGAUUCUACAAUUCCUUGAUAGCCAGAGGAAUUAACUUUUCUCUGGACACCAUAGAAAAAGAAUUGGUCAGCUUUUGCUUGGGUGUCAAAGGAAAAGAAAACCGCCUGUGCUAUUAUCUAGGAGCAACAAAAGAUGCAGCCACAAAGAUCCUAAGUGAAGUCACUCGUCCGAUGAGUGUGCACAUGCCUGCAAUGAAGAUUUGUGAGAAGCUCAAGAAGAUGGACAGUCAAAUCUGUGAGCUGAAAUAUGAAAAGAAAUUAGACUUAACAUCAGUGGACCUAUGGAAGAUGCGAGUGGCAGAGCUGAAACAGAUCCUGUACAGCUGGGGAGAAGAAUGCAGGGCCUGCGCGGAGAAAGCCGAUUACGUGAAUCUGAUCAAGGAGCUGGCACCCAAGUAUGCAGCAAUGCACCCCAAGACAGAGCUCUGA